UAUAUAGUAAAUCAACAUGUCGGUUGUUCUGUGUGUGUAACUGUUCCAGGGAUAAAUUUUAUUGAUUUAUUAAUCUGGGGGUUUUCAAUGCAGUGGUUGUGCUAUACGUGUAAAACAUUGCAUUUACUGCCAAUAUUAUGGGAGUAUACAUAUACAGAUAUUUUAAUCGUCAAAAUUAUAGUGUGAACUUUAAUUAAAGUUCACAUUUGUAAUGUGACAUGCCAUGAAGAGCAUAUAAGAGUUAAGUGAAUAGAUGGAGUCUCUACCAACAAGUUCUGCUUGGUCAGAAGCAUUUCCUUCCAGUGAUGACAGUGGGUUGCUAAUGACCAGUGACUCCAUCUCCAGUGAGAGUUGUGCCUGCCAUUGCACUAUGGAGCUGCAGGAGAGUGAUAGUGAAGAAAAGUCAUUAUCUCAAGAUGAUUCCCUGGGUUAUAAUGAUGGUAUGUGUGGUAAAAGUUUCAACACAUUGAAGAAGGGACUAGGUUGGCCCACAGUCCGCAAGCAAUUGGUUACUAUUGAGCCCCCUCCUGAGUUUCAAGACAGUCCACCAUCACCUGUGGAUGACUGCACAAGCCUCUUACUGUUUCGGGAAGCACAGAAUUCUACUGAAAACAUAUUGGCAGAUUGUAGUAGUGUUCAUUUACUUAUACCUUGGCUAGAGAAAUUUGCUUCCAAAUUAGUAUCUGCACUGCUAGAAGAAGCAUUAUGUAUAUCAUGCAAAGUUACGUGGUCAAUCCAGUGCUCUCAGGAUUGCCACCCUACAGCCAUUCGGCAGGAGCAUCAGCAGCAAGAGCAGCAGACAACAGCAUCCCGCAUCAUAGGGCGUUGGAGUGGGCCACGCCUCUGUUGGACUCCUGAAUUGCUACCAUUUAGCAGUCCUUGUAAUCGCCCCAGUUCCCGUAGUUCCCUGGCCUCUUCCCGUCUCUCAAGCUCACACAACUCACUCUCUGUUCCAACUGCAAACAAGGCAGAUGAUUCUAGCUUCAUCACAUCAGCAAUGUCACAUGAUGUGCUCACUGCCAGUGAGAUCAGUGAUAUGUACAAUGUUCCAUUUGAUAGUGAUAUAUAUGCAGUGCCCAUUGAUGUUGUGCGACCACCAAGGACACCCCAACGACCCAAGCGACAGCAACGUCACCAUCGCAAACGUCGGAGACAUGCAUCUUCUGGUUCUCAGACAGAACUGGAUCAUUCAGCUAGGCAACAGGUAAACCUCAGGAGCAAAACUGUCAUAUCUAGUCAGAUCCAUACAGUCAAGCUGCCUUUGCAUACUGACACAGUAAUUGAGUCAGGGGGAGUGAAACGUCAUAGUGUACCUGGUACAUCAAUGGCACGACAGACACGUUCGGCAAGCACAGAGUGCCCAUCGGCUGCUGUGGGUGAGCCUAUCCAUAUGACCCUUCAUGAGGUGCGUCAAUACCUGCAGAACCUGUACUCAAGUUCAAGUGAUUCUUCUGACAACAAGAGCAAGAUUGACGUAGCCACUCCAAAACACCAGCACAAGACUGCAUACAACAACAAUAACAACAAUAAUAAUAGAAACAACCACAGGUGCACUGUUGAAGAUAUGGAAAUUUCUUCAAAAAGUAUAAGUGGAAGCAUUGUAACAAAUAGUGCAAGAAAGAACAAGAAGAAUACAUUUAUGAUCAACAUUAAAAAUAAAAAGUCAAAAGAUCCUUGUGAUGUUGUUGCAGCAAGGGAUAAGGACAGUUCUGUAAAAUUUGAAUUUUCUGGGGACAAAGAGAAAGUUAAGAAGCCUCCCAGUGGUCGCCAUAGUUUCUCAGCAAAUCUUAAACAGACAUUGUGCAACAUAUUUCGAAUCCGGAAACUGUCAUCUCCUGAUCAUCAUAUUGCAGCAGGAGGGAAGCCUGAUAUAGCAGGGUGCUGUGAGGGAAAUGGGACCAUUUCUACUAAUGACGGUAUCGAUGUCCUGCACCCCAUCAGUGGCAAAGCGCCAUUCCUAAGACGUGCACUGCCUCCUCUUCCUGCCACGGUUAAGCUUCCAGAUGCUGACUUGGACUCCAGUCCAUUGCCUUCUCCUGAAGAAGGGCCUAUGCUUGUUGAUGACGAGGAGUUGGGAGAAGAGCCAAGCAUGGAUUUUGCUUCUAGUAUUGAGAAAGUAAAAGAUUAUGGCUGGUACUGGGGUCCUAUUUCUGGAGAAGCUGCUGAGAAGAUUCUCUCAAAUGAACCAGAUGGUUCCUUUAUUGUUCGAGACAGCAGUGAUGACCAUUACAUUUUCUCAUUGACGUUCAAACUGAAUGGCUGUAUUCGUCACGUUCGGAUUGAACAUGAUCAGGGUAAUUUUAGCUUUGGAAGCUGUACAAAAUUCAAGAGCCACACAAUUGUAGACUUCAUAGAGAAUGCAGUGGAGCAUUCUCGUAGUGGGCGGUACUUGUUUUUCUUACACCGACGCCCUGUUCUGGGGCCCAUGAGAGUGCAGCUCUUGCAUCCAGUGUCACGAUUCAAGCAGGUGCAGAGCCUCCAACAUAUGUGCAGGUUUGUGAUCUUGAAGUUGGUGCGUCGAGACCUGAUCCCAUCUCUGCCUUUGCCACGCAGGGUAAUUGAUUACCUGAGUACACCUCACUACUAUUCAGAGCAGCUGGUGGUGGAGGAGGAACUAGUACCUUCUCCUGAUGAUGUAGAUGUGUUUCCCUUUGUGCUACCAGGACUUUCCUGAGAUAUGCCUCCACUAGGCCAAUACCAAGGCACCAGGCAAUUGAUGUAAAAAAAACACAAAACAGAUGGUGUCAUGGUGGCACAUUGCACCAUAACAUGUAUUAUGGUAACAAUGUACUAUGCAGAUCAGGCAGUUUCCAUGGUUGUAAGUACAAAUAUCAUUUGUGACGUGGAUAUUUAAGUUGAUAGAGCCUUUGUGUCAUCCCUGUUUUGUCAUACAUGGGUUUGAUUCCUAAUAUAAAUGUAGGUUCUCUCUGAAGUAAAUGACUCCAGACACAUGUUAUGAUAAGUGUAAAGACAGAAGAUAUGUAUCGUUGGUCAUGCACAUUUCUGAAAUUGCUUUUGUAUUUGGAUAAUAAGAAAGUAAAACAUGAAAGAUACAUUGACCAUCCACAGUGCUUUUAGUGACCAAAUUCAUACUGAAUUCCUGCCAUGACAGGUUUAUAAAAAUAAUAAAAAUAGAUAUAAACCCUUCACUAACAGUCUUAUAGGACAAGUGUUCAUUUUUAGAAGAUUGUUAGAAAGAUGAUAGACUUCAGCUCAGUAACCAGUGUUACCUGGAAUUUGAAACAGCCCUUGGAAAUGCAGCUGGUUGUAAGGAAUAUGCUAUGAAACUAGCCUAAAAUCAGCCCACUUUUAUUGUUGUGUGGAAUAUGUAAAUUUUCCAUAUUUAUAUCCUUUCAAAUGUUUCCCCAGAUAAAUUAAUAUAUAUUGAAUAAUUUAUGUUUAUGUUUUAUUUAACCCUGUGAGCAGUCAAUUUCUUCUGCACUUUCUGUCCAAAGGUAUUAUCUGAAACAUUUACAGAUGAUAUUGUACAUAUUUUAGGUUAUAUAUUAAUCUUUUUUUUUAAAAAAAUCCAUGAUCUACUCAGUGGUAUCUGACAUCUUUCUUUAAACCAUGAAUGCAGUCCAGUUGUCACACCUGCAUAAUACUUGUCUAUACCACUGUAUUUUCAAUUUGUCCAACUUUUCUGGUAGUGUUUCUUCUUUCAGAUCUUGCAUACUUGGUUUAGAAUUUUAUCUCUUCUUGUUCAUUUCCUUAUACAUGGUAGAAAUUUUAUCUCUGCUGUUUAUAAUCUGCUUACAUCUCUGUUGUAAAAGAGAUAGUUUAUGUAUUUUGCAUAAAUAUCUAUAAGUUGGUUAGACAUAUCAGUUAACUGUGAUUAUAUGCUUACUGCUCAAAGGGUUAAGAGCAUGACAAUCUUGCUAUUCAUUAUAUGUACAAAAUUAAAGGUCACAUUUGCAUGUUUCCUUUGACAUUCUUUGUAAGGCAAUUUGCAGUGGCAUCUAUUAUAUAAUGUGCACUUAAUUAAUUUACUUAAAAUGUGAAUUAAAGGAAUGUGUAUUAGCCAGAACAUUCAUCCAGAGAUAGAAGGCAUAUCAAUGAAGUGUACAGGUGUAGUGCUGUUCUUGUUUAUUACACUUGUCAGGAUUAUUAGUCAGAUAAUAACCUGCAUUAUAAUUGAAGUUAUCUGACAGUUUCCUAUUCUCUGUAAUUGUUCACAAUUGGUUAAACAAGGUGUUUCCAUAGAAGUACCUAUUUUAAGAAUUCAUAUGCAGGUGCCUGACUAAGCUGAAAGCUCUUACAUUGUUAGAUGUCUUAAGUCAUAAAACAUUUUGUAAUGGACCUACAGCCAUUUCAUUUUCAGAGGUCUGUAAGAAUGAAGGGAGGGAUAUAAAUUGUUUUAAUACCAGUGUUUUUAUUGUAUCAUCUCAUUCAAGGUAUUAUACAUUGUAAGUGCCCAAACAGAUCACCAUUAGUACAGACACAUGCAUGAGCCUAGCAUAGGAGUAAGUCACACACACACACACACACAUAUGCUCAUAUGUACCUGCAGCACAAUGGACAUUGUCCAUUGCAUCCUGCAUGUGAUACCAUACAGGUGGAAUUCUGGCAGAUGGAGUUUUUGAUACUGCAAAAAUGGAAAUUGAUUAGGUUCAAGUCUGGCAAUCAUGGGGACCAUUCCAUAUGUACAUACAUACCUUGAAACUCUAACUAAUCCAUUGUACAGUCUGAAUUGAGUUUGUUUUUCUCUUUGUUUAACCCAUUUGCUUAUCAAUUUGUUACUCUAAUGUAAGUUGCAGACCUCUGUGUAUGAGUUAUGGUUUAUUGUAGUUAUGUUACAGCAUUGCUAAGUAAGCCAAAAACAACUAUGAAAGAUUUUAUGCUUUAAACCUAAUAAUUUUCUUCAUUAGUACCAUGUCUAGGAUUUCAUUUAGGGAAUAUUUUUUUAAAGUCAGUCAACAUUAGCUUAUUUUGUUGACAUUUUUAGUCCCUUCAUUUCCAGAUAUUUAUUUUUCAAUGAAAUUUUGUUGGAAAACUGUUUCAUUUUGUUCAAUACUUUUUUGAACUGUUCAGUUUUUAUGAAACUCUGUAAAAAAAGCUGUCCCAAUAUACCCCAUCCAGGCACUUUGGGGGGGGGUGGAUUUUAGAAGAGGUAGAGCUCCUACUCAUUCUUAACCUCAGCACUAGAUGGGGGUGAGUGGUCAGCGCCAUGCCCCAGCCGUGCUUUACCCCCUGGGAAGGGACCCCUGGUACCCAUUUGAUAGGAGGUUGGGUGGGCCUCAUAGUCACUCUGGAUGCAGAGUCUAGAGGAAAAAUCCUGUGCUCCCGUCAGGGAUCGAACCCCGGUUGCCCAAUCCGUAGCCAGUCAUUAUACCGACUGAACUGUUCUGGUUCCUUAUGAAACUCUGUGUGAUCAUAAUGCUAUUUGGAGGCCAUACCAUUUUUAUCUUCCUGUUGUUAGUGAUACCAACAUGAUGGUCAUGCAAACUUAUGUAGUGUGUACAACACUAGCACCUGUCAUUGUAGAGUCUUGAAAUGUUGUUUAUGAUAGACCAUUAAAAGAUAUGCAUCUUUUAUUGACAUACAUGAAAAAUAAUAUGGUGACUACGUAUAAUAUAUUUUGGUGUUAAAUUUGAUAAAUCAUUGCAACUUGACAAUUGAAAUUUGUAUAAUGACAUGUUGUCCCAUUUAAGUUCACCAUCCCUCAUUCUGACACUCAGACCAGUUAAUUUAAGUGCCUAUUAUAUACUGUUUAUUAAUACAUGAAUUGCAGCAGCAGGCAUAUAAUUUGACCAUACUCUACUGUGUUAUGGGCAGAAAAGAGUUAAAACCUAUUGUAUUUAAUCCUUCAGGACUAAAAGAUGCACCAUACCAGCUGCAAGUGCUGUUAAUAUCAUCAUAGUGAGUGGUUUACAUCCCUUUGGCUGUUUCUCACAUCCUAGUCACCUAAUAUUUUUUGCCCCUUUCUCAGUGUAACAGGUGGCAAGCCUGCUGCCUAGAUACAAUUUCUACUCAAUCCAGAAGAGACAUGGGUGAGAAACAUGAAUUUUGCUUAUGAAACAUUUCUUUCAUGCUUACAAGGUUCUUUUACAUGCUGAAAAUCUAUGACAUGGUACUGCCAGCUUUACUUCCCCUCCGAAGGAUGUUAUGCUACAAAAAUUUGUCACCCUUUAAAAUCUGUCGACUUUGGCCAGGUUUGAACCUGCAAACCUCGAGUCUAGUGACAAGUAUGCCACCACUAGACGAGUGCUUUUAAUAUUUUUUCUCAUAAUAGGAAAGUUUACAGAAUGGUCAGAAACAUUGUGUCAUGUUUCACAAAUUAACCCAUUCCAUUCAGAUGUCAUUGUCGAUUAGACACCAUAUUUCAUCCUACUGGGUCCAGUGCCAAGGCAGCCUUAACACAUGGACUAUAUCUUCUGCCAGUCAUGUGAACUUUUUGGAAUUUGUUCAUUAGCAGUUCACAUUUACUAAUGGAAAGCUUCAUACUAUCACUUGAAAUCACUUUAAACAAACUUGCUUUGGGUCAGAGUUUUUGCAGAAUAUAAUUAUCACAAAUUUGCCAUAAUCUGGACUGGGCUACUACAGUAUGCCAAAAUAAAUUUCAAACAAUAAUGAUUUAAUAACAUGCUUACAACAUUGUGGGUGAUCUAGAACUUGAACAGAGCAGAGCACUUGAAAUGUACGUUAGUGAGAUGAUGUCAGGUUAUUGAGCUUAGUAUUUAUCAUGCUGAAAUGCACCAUAUCGAUGUUGGGAUCAGGAAUAGUUUCAUACUGCCAACCUGUAUGAAGAGCUUUCAUAGGAUAUAAUAAUGAUGAUAUUUUAUUGCAUUUAUCACAUUUAAACGAAAUGUUAUGUUUACAAAAGGUGUAACACCUAGUCAUUUACUGUUCUUUCUCAGACCAGUGGAGCAUAUAGUGUAUAAUUCUUACAGUAGGAAUAUAGUAUAAUGCAGUGAUUCCCAAACUAUUUUUCGUGGAUGUUGUUAGUUUCAAAGGGUUCUGACAAUAUAUAUUUCUAAUGGCAGGUUUUAUUGUUAAGGUCAACCUCUCCAGUUAACCACAACCCAGAGAAGGUUGCUUGGGGACAGAAUAUACGUAUGGCCCUGAUUAUGAAGAGAGAUCUCUCACACAUGAGACUUCUAUUCCAUAUUGACAUAAUAGAUCACUAUGAAAUCUUUAUUGCAUUUAGUUGUGAAAAUUUUAGGAUUUAAAUAAUGCAAUUUUCUAUAAGAAUUACACAAUCCAAAAGCUGCAUGGUGAAGUAAAUACUAAAGUAGAAUGCUAAUGCAGGUGCAUGGACAGCCAGUAUUUUGAACGUUUUACAGUUUUUACCGAAGUUGAGAGGAAUGUUUUAAUUUAUGUUGUCUGUUAUUUAACCCUUUCACUGCCAAUGAAUGACAUUUUUAACAAAUUUUUAUUUGUAUGUAGUCUAAAGUGAUUACAAAUUAAUAUAAAUAUAGCAUCUCGCAGUUAGGCGUAGUAAUUUUCAAGUAUGUGGUAUUCCUACUAAAAACAAGUACCAUGCAACACAUACUUGUGACUGUACACUGCAGUUGUAUUUAUUUAAUGAAUGCUAUUUGCUGAUGAAAUCUUCAAACUACUGUUUUAAAGCUUAAUCAAAAAUAUGUCAUAUAUCGCAAGAGACACUACAUACUCAGAUGCAGAGAUGUUCAUCAUGACUUUCAAAGGGCUGAAUGAUUAAUAUUAAUAUUCAAUAUAACAUUUCUUGGCAUGAAAUAUUUUGAGGCACAUCUGCUUCCCUGUGGAGUUCAUGUUAAAAUCACUCUGUCCUUGCAUCUGUACACAUGAAAACUGAAGAACAGGUGAACUCAUUUUCGUGAAAUUUUAUAUUGAGGUUGUUUUUCUAAAUUUUUUUGACAUAUUCCAAUGAGCACUUUACAUGAAGGCCUAUAUACAUUUUUGCACUCUGAAAUAAAUGGGUGUGGAGCCACUAGUCAGGAAUUCCUUGUCCAUUCACAAAGGUCAAACACAAAAUUAUUGUGAAUGUGCCAGAAUUUUUAUUUUGUGCAUACAUUUUUUACUUGUUUAGAUACUGGUGUCAUCUUUAUGAAAUGCCUGUACUAUACUUCUCACAUCCAGUGUUAUUGAUUCUAAUUUUGCACUGAAACAUUGGGUUUUCCUUGUUUUAUUUCUGGAACAAUCCCUUUCAACUCCACAAAAAGUAUGUGUGUCCCAUUCACAAGCCACAACAUACCUUUAUGAUCAUGAUCCGUUGUUAUGAAAGGUGACACCUGAAUAUUAACCUACCAAAACAUUCAGCUGGCUAACAUUAUUUGUAAUUAAAAAUAAAAAACCUGUUCUUGUCACACCCAAGUGACAUAAUCUGGUGUUAAAAUAUCUAUUGUAUCUCUAACUCUUCGCUUCAAAAGGCCUGUGCCAUCAGUUUUAAUUUUUGACUCCAUUUGUUUCCCAUAUUCCUGGAGAUAUAAGUUCCUCGUCUGUGGUCCAGGUUUCAGACUUUCACUAACAACACAGAUACGCCUUCACAUUUUUUAAUGCAUAAUUUUGGAAAGUUCUUUUUUACACUUUCACAUGUGAGAUCUGGACUUGUUGGAAUUUUACAUCUUACAAUAAAUUAAAGGCAAGCCUUGACAUAGCUUAUCCUUCCUAUGCAGAGAUUGUUUAUGAUCACCUAAAUGAGCAUUUCCCAGGUUCUGAAUGGGGCUGAGCAUGUAUGUCUGCCCACAUGAUUCAACUAAAGAACCACUGAAUGGAUUUGGAUGAAAUAUGGUAUGGAGGUUAUGCCAUUGAGGACUACCCUAAAAUCACACUUCUCUAUUUUCUAAUAUUGCUAAUACCAACAUGGCAGAAGAACAAACUUGAUGGUGGGAUUGGCACUAGUGCCAUUUGCAGUAGGAUCAUACAAUGAUGUAUGCUUAUAGACUUUCAGAAAAUAUAAAAGUUUGUGAGAGUAAUUCUUUGUAUAAUAUAAAAUAACAACAUAGCAGCUGCAUGAAAGGAAAACAUUGACUUGACCAGGUUUUGAUCCCAAGUUCUCAUAUGUGCGAGUCUAGUAUACUACACAGAACCAACAUGCCUUGUGAUGUACCAAUAGUGUAACAGCACUUACAGAAGACAUAAAGACUAUGAUUUGUAUAGUUGGAGACUAAAGUUGUGUAAGUAAGAUAACAGAUACAAUCUUUUAUCAAUAAUUCAAAUUUUGCAAAGUGUAUUCUGAUACAGAUACCUUUCCAGUCUUGUUUUCCUGCCAUUCAUGUGAUGUUAAAUAUGUAAAUUGAUGAUACAGAUCAUUUGAAGCGAGGAGUCAGAAAUUCUUGAAUCUAAAACUCCAUAUCUCAUUUGUAAAAACUUGAAUACCAAUGUGACAUACAGAGCAAUGAACAGGCCACACAUUGACCAUUACUAGACAACACAGAUAAACUUUCACAGUUUAUUUUUCUUCUUGUGUUUCUGUCAUAUUUCUGCAUUAAGUGUUAUAAAAUAGAUUAUCUUAAAAGCCAUACCAUAAUUUUACAGACACAUUCUAUAUGCAACUUUUAGUUUUGAGGUACGGUUCUGUCAGAAGUUUUUGAAGCCAAUAGGACAAGUUUGGGAAACAUUUUAUAAUAUAAGAUAUUUGACUUGUAAUAUAAAUUGACACCCCUUCUUCAUGUUGAAACAAUAUUUCAGUUAACAUAUCAUUGCCUAUUUAUUUGUUUAACUUACAAAUUGUAUAUCAUUUUACUAUCAAUUUAUACUUGAUGUAUAAGACUGAAUAUGUAUGUUUUGUACUUUGAAAAUGUGCCUGAACAAGAAUUGAGUGAACACAAAUUUCAGAGACAUUUUCAGCUUGAAAAUACUCAUGUUGAUGUUGAACCUUUUCUUCAUAUGUACUAUUCUGUCCACCUGUCUAGAUUGUACACAUUUAAUUGAUUAAUCCUAGCUUUUCUGUAUUGUGAAUGCUUAAAUGGUGUGAAGUACAUUA